UCGAAAGAAGCAAUGUUGAGCAAUAGUAAACAACAAAAGAACUUUGGUAAAAAAAAAGGCAAAGUAAAAGUAAGUAGGAAAAGAGGGAAGAAAUGAAAAGCGGCACCCCUUGUUUCAAGUAUUCAUAUCGUCCUGGGGCCCCGAGCCAGCAGAGCAUUGGACCACUGGAAGAAGUGCUUUCCCACAUGCAGUGGUGACCAUGACAACCGCCCUUUUCAUGCUUUCUUUCCUUACUGCUUGUGCUACGCUCUUCCUUUUCCAUUCCUCCUUUUCCUUUUCGCUACUUCUUGUUUACGCUUUCACGCCGUCACUCCACUCGGCUAGUUCUUUCUUUUUUACUUGUGCUACGUUCUUCCCUUUUCGUUCACUGCUUGUCAUUUUCCCGCCCAUUCCUUUUCGUCACCGCGUUUUCCUUUUCGUCAUUCAUCCAAAACGGGUUUGUCAGUGUCAUCUUGCUUUACCCUGCUUAAUAAUGCCCGACAUGGGUUUCUACGAAGGUCUUUUAAAAGCAUCGAUCAUGCACGUCCUCCGAAAAGACAGAAGAGCAGUG